AUUUGCGCCUAUAAAUAGCUAGCGACCCUCUCUCAACCCCUUAACUCACACAUUUAGCAUCAUCAAGGAUCGAAAACAUUAAGUAGCUAGUUAAGAGAGAGAGAGAGAGAUGGAGAUGAACAUUAAGUUUCCAGUUAUAGACUUGUCUAAGCUCAAUGGUGAAGAGAGAGACCAAACCAUGGCUUUGAUCGACGAUGCUUGUCAAAACUGGGGCUUCUUCGAGCUGGUGAACCAUGGACUACCAUAUGAUCUAAUGGACAACAUUGAGAGGAUGACAAAGGAACACUACAAGAAACAUAUGGAACAAAAGUUCAAAGAAAUGCUUCGUUCCAAAGGUUUAGAUACCCUCGAGACCGAAGUUGAAGAUGUCGAUUGGGAAAGCACUUUCUACCUCCAUCAUCUCCCUCAAUCUAACCUAUACGACAUCCCUGAUAUGUCAAAUGAAUACCGAUUGGCAAUGAAGGAUUUUGGGAAGAGGCUUGAGAUUCUAGCUGAAGAGCUAUUGGACUUGUUGUGUGAGAAUCUAGGGUUGGAGAAAGGGUACUUGAAGAAGGUGUUUCAUGGGACAACGGGUCCAACUUUUGCGACAAAGCUUAGCAACUAUCCACCAUGUCCUAAACCAGAGAUGAUCAAAGGGCUUAGGGCUCACACAGAUGCAGGAGGCCUCAUUUUGCUGUUUCAAGAUGAUAAGGUCAGUGGUCUCCAGCUUCUUAAAGAUGGUGAUUGGGUUGAUGUUCCUCCUCUCAAGCAUUCCAUUGUCAUCAACCUUGGUGACCAACUUGAGGUGAUAACAAACGGGAAGUACAAGAGUGUAAUGCACCGUGUGAUGACCCAGAAAGAAGGAAACAGGAUGUCUAUCGCGUCGUUUUACAACCCCGGAAGCGAUGCUGAGAUCUCUCCGGCAACAUCUCUUGUGGAUAAAGACUCAAAAUACCCAAGCUUUGUGUUUGAUGACUACAUGAAACUCUAUGCCGGACUCAAGUUUCAGGCCAAGGAGCCACGGUUCGAGGCGAUGAAAAAUGCUGAAGCAGCUGCGGAUUUGAAUCCGGUGGCUGUGGUUGAGACAUUCUAAAUGGAUGUGGGAUCUUCUACGAAAGCUAAAAGUAUAUGAUGAUAAAAAGAUGUGUGGUAAUGUCAAUAAAAGGAUUGGGGUUGAUGUUAGUAAAAUCAAUAACUAAGUGAUGAAUAUUAUGUGUUAAGCGUGGGAGUGAGUGACUAUUUAUGCAAUAAUUGUGUGGGUUCUAAGUUCUAACUACAAUACAAUCUUAAAGAUACAAUAAUUAGAAGAAAAAAAAUGACGUUAUUUAUGUGAUUAAUAUAUUCAAGUUUAGACUAUAAGUUUAUAGCAUAUGAAGAUUGUCACACAAAAG